AUGGCUCAUACAAAGCAGACUGCCCGUAAAGCACCCAGGAAACAACUGACUACAAAAGCUGCUCACACGAGUGCGCCCUCUACUGGAGGAGUGAAGAAACCUCAUUGUUACAGGCCUGGUACUGUGGCCCUUUGUGAAACUAGACGUUAUCAGAAGUCCGCUGAACUUCCGAUUCUCAAACUCCCUUUCCAGCAUCUAGUGCGAGAAAUUGCUCAGGACUUCAAAACAGAUCUACAAUUCCAGAGCGCAGUUAUUGGUGCCUUGCAGGAGGCAAGUGAGACCUUGCUGGUUGGCCUUUUUGAAGACACCAACUUGUGCGCUAUCCAUACCAAACGUGUAACAAUUAUGCCAAAAGACAUCCAGCUAGCACACCGCAUACGUGGAGAAUAUGCUUAA